UAAUGUGAUAUGAAAAACACAAGUGAUUUAUAAAUUAAAGUUUUUAAAUAAAAAUUACCCCAGUUAUAAAACUGGAUAGUUUCUUUUGCUGUUCAGUAUAGUUUACAUAUGGUAAUAUAUAUCUGAAACAGAUACAUCUAGAUAUACCUGUUUACAUACUAAAAGUUUUGACCUAUACAGUGAUUAUUUGCAAAACUUAUUUAAUAAUUCUAUAGACCUAAAUUAAACCACUUAAAUAGAUAUAGGAUAUGAAAGUAUCUUAUCACUGUAUUUUAUAUUGCAGAAUUGGGUAAUUCAAAAUGAAAUAAAGACAAUCGACAAUUUUCGUACGAUAACGUAUCACGUAUCUUCCGUACGCGAUUUCGGCAUCUUUCGGCUAUAAUAGAAAAUCAUUUUUUCAUGAAAACCGGAGAAUGCCGAAAGCACCACCGUAGAAUACGUAAAUGAACGGAAGUUGCCGAUUGUCUUUACGGAUUCAUUUUUUUGAAACUUGUAAUUCAAAGAAUUUUCAAAUUGUUUAUAGUGAAGGGUGUCGUUAUUCCCCUCCGCAUCCACUGGAGUACGAGGCCUUGCACAACAAACAUCCAGCCAUCGAAUAUACAGUUCUCUUUCCGGACCAGUCCACUCAAACGAUAGAAGUUGACGCUAACACGAGAAUGUGUGACAUACAUCACAACAUUGUGAAAAGGCUUCAGUUAAAGCACAGUCAGGAGUAUGGUUUAUUCUUUGGUUUGAAAGACAAAGAAUUUUCGGCUGAUACGGUGAUAAAUGUGGCCUACUGGGAUUAUUUCUUUGACGACUUGUCACAUAUACAAAAAUAUUACACAAGACAGCACCGAAAACACGCUACUGACGACACCCCAGUCCCUCCACCGCAACCACCACCAAUGUUGAUAUUUAUGAAGAAAAUCUGGAUGAAUGCAAUACCUGGUCAGGACAAACUGGCGGACAUAAAAUUUCAUUUUCCGCAGGAAAUGCCCAAUUAUUUGCGAGGAUAUCACAAGUGCUCUGCCGAGGAAGCUGUCAAUCUCUCCUCGUUGUUGUUCAAAGCCAAAUAUGGAGAGGAUAAGCAACCACUUGACAACCUGGGGGACCUCCUCACUCACUUAAUACCAAAGUCAGUUUUCAAAGAAAAGACUCCUGACAAAUGGAAAGAGGAGCUGCAUGCUAGUAUAUCCAAGUUAAAGUUCCCUACAAAGGAGGACGGAAAAGUGGCAUUUUUGAAAUCCCUGCAUAAAUGGCCAACAUACGGGUCGGUGUUUUUCGAAGUAAAGCAAAGAAGUACAAAGUCAAUGCCAAAACAUCUUCUUGUUGCUGUUAGUCACAAUGGAGUGGGGCUGAUAGAUGCAAAUACAAAGGAAGUGAUUGACAUGUUUAGUUUCGACAAAGUUCCAAACUGGGCUUUCGACGACUACUCGUUCACUCUAGUUAUAGGAGAGGGCUCGAGUUUAUCCAAACUGUAUAUGGAGACUACUGUGGGACACAACAUGGACGACCUCAUCAUGACGUAUGUGGGAUACAUAAUGAACACACAGAUCAAGAAGAAACCUUCGUAUGCCGGGAUUGUCGUCGGCGAAUCAUUCGCGUGAAAUGUAGACACAUCCGGUACAUGGAGAUGGUCUUUAUUUUCAGCGAGAGAGCAGGGAUUAUCUUACUUGGGUUUUUAAACAGUCCCCGGUGUCUGUUAGCAGAAAGCGUAGUACGAAAUCCGAGGACUUAUUGUGUAUUGUCCGGUUUACGUGAAAUUUUACGCUCCUGAAAAUUCCUCAGGUUGAGUCGAUUAAAUCGACCGCUCAGCAUUUAAGGGUAAAGUGUAGGACCAUGAAUUGUAGUCCCAGUAUAGUCAAAAUAUAUAAGGAGCAAUCUUAUAGAAACUUUAGCAAUGCUUUGUAGAUGAAAAUGACAUAAACAAUAUUAUGAAGUGUGAAUGAGUAAAUGUUCCAAUGAUACAGAACCUGUCAUUUCUGAUUAGUGUAAUGUACACUGGUGUUUUAUGUCUUUCUUGUGCUUAUCAUUGGUCUUAUUAUAGCUCAUUUCAAUGUUAUCACAUAAACGUAUAUAUGGAGUUCACAGUUCAUACACAGACUUUACAUAAUUGUAUAUGUGUAUUCUAUCAAACUAUAAUAUUAUUUUGCGUUUUUCUUCCGCACACACAUAUACGGAAUUGUUUUUUUUUCUAUAGCUGCGUUUCAACGAUUUUGUACAUAUGCAGUAUAUUGCAAAAUUCUACGUCCCCGACCCUCUCCCCAAACUCCCUCAUCAGCGGAUCCGUAUCUCGUGAUAUUUGAAAAUAAGAUUUUCUAUCCGCUCUUGGAAACUUGAGGCAAACUUGGUCUAAUGGUGGCAAAGAAAGAGUUUUGCAAAAAUGUACAGUUGAAAUUAGAUAUCUCGAAAUUGCUUGCUGUCUCAAAGACAUUUUCAAGUCCUGCCCAGAAAUAAAGAGCACCAAAUAUCAUUUUCAGUCAAAUUUCGGUUAUCUCGAAGAUACGCUCGAUCCCUUCGAGAUAUAACAAAUUUCAACUGUAUAUAUGUACAAAAUCAUUAAAACGAACCUAUAUACAUUGCUCUUGUUUUAGUUGUGGAUAAAUUGUACACAGUAAUUUGAAACUUAUAUUGGCUUGCAUAAUAUACAAUAUUUAAUUCAAUGUUCUAUUUAUCCAUUUCAUAAGGCGGUUUUACAUUGAUAUCUCACUGAAUAACAGACACUCAGUACCACCGAUAUAACACGUCAUUAUUUAGUGUCUCAGAUUGUUAAAUCAUGGGCUGAACGGAGAGCUGGCGUAUCUUCUACUUUAUGUUACAUGACUUACGUCAUUUUAUCGUUCAACCCGCAAAACAUCUCUAUAAUGUUUAUAUUCGUCUUUUUAGUCCCUAUUUUUUGGGUAGUAUCCUCUCUACAUCUCUGGCAUUUUUAACUUGACAAUAUUCACUCAGAUCCUGGUAGAGUGUAUGAAUUAUAUACAAUAUGUAUGUAAAAAUUAUAUAUCUCACAUAAACUUUAUCAGACAAUGUUGUCGUCCACAUUUGUAAAACGUUUGUUAUGUGUUAUUUUCUAUUUUUGUGCUAUGCAUUUUAUACGAGACUUGUUGACUGUGCAUGUAAUUAUCUUUCAUGUUGAAUCUGGAGAUAAAAUCAAAAUACUUACAUUGAGCAAUAUACGUGUGUUGGGUGGUAUUGGUGUGUUGACACUGGCACCAGACAAGAAAGAAAAUGUGACUCGUGCACGAUGGAGGUUAAAUUAUUUGUUGUUCAAUUUGCAUAGUACUCAUUUGUCGGACUGAAAAAUGUGCGACUGAAAUGGGCUAAAUUGCAAGUAAAUUUCUACGUUUGGUACCACGGUUUUUAUAGUAUAGAAGUAUUGUAUAACAUGUACAAUAGCGGUGGUAUUGGUGUGUUGACACUGGCACCAGACAAGAAAUAAAAUGUGACUCGUGCACGAUGGAGGUUAAAUUAUUUGUUGUUCAAUUUGCAUAGUACUCAUUUGUCGGACAGAAAAAUGUGCGACUGAAAUGGGCUAAAUUGCAAGUAAAUUUCUACGUUUGGUACCACGGUUUUUAUAGUAUAGAAGUAUUGUAUAACAUGUACAAUAGCGGUGGUAUUGGUGUGUUGACACUGGCACCAGACAAGAAAUAAAAUGUGACUCGUGCACGAUGGAGGUUAAAUUAUUUGUUGUUCAAUUUGCAUAGUACUCAUUUGUCGGACUGAAAAAUGUGCGACUGAAAUGGGCUAAAUUGCAAGUAAAUUUCUACGUUUGGUACCACGGUUUUUAUAGUAUAGAAGUAUUGUAUAACAUGUACAAUAGCGGUGGUAUUGGUGUGUUGACACUGGCACCAGACAAGAAAUAAAAUGUGACUCGUGCACGAUGGAGGUUAAAUUACCUGUUGUUCAACUUGCAUAGUACUCAUUUGUCGGACAGAAAAAUGUGCGACUGAAAUGGGCUAAAUUGCAAGUAAAUUUCUUCGUUGGGUACCACGGUUUUUAUAGUACAGAAGUAGUGUAUAACAUGUACAAUAACGUUUUUCUACACUGGUGCCAGUGGUUUAGGUUAUGCACGUAGUCUAUGACGUUGUUUUAAAGCAGUUACUGUGUUAAUGUUUAUGGCUGCCAAGUCUGAAUGUUUGAAUGUGCAUAGCAAGUGUGCAGAGCAAGUGGCAUAACAAGGAUGAAAUAUUUGCGGACUCCUCCGUUUUACAUUAAGAAGCAGUUAUUGACGUAUAAAGAUAUCGUUACGUCAACAGAUCACUUGCAAAUGUUUCCCAUUUCGCUCACACCUAGAAAAUUCUUACGUUCAUAAGUGUUAUAAUGUACUGAUUGUGUUGAAGAUAUGUUAAAUGAAAUAUUAAUAUACAUACAUAAAGAUAUUAUUUAUUUACACAAUUGUAAUAAAGAAUACAUUUAAGCAUUU